CGGAGGCCUUUAUUUUUUGACACCGGAAAAAAAUUGAAUAACUGCAAGCGUAUUUAAUUAUUCAUCCUUUAAAUUACACUGGAUUCGCGUUUUUUUUCCUAGUUCGUAAUAGAGUGUUAGUGUUUGCUCAGGCUCUUGGUUAAUAAGGAAAAUGAGGGAGUGUAUAAGUGUACAUGUUGGUCAAGCAGGAGUUCAAAUCGGAAACUCCUGCUGGGAAUUGUACUGCCUGGAACACGGUAUCCAACCUGACGGUCAAAUGCUGAGUAAUCAAGCCUCCACAAGCAGUGGCGAUGAUAGCUUCCACACAUUUUUCAGCGACACCAGGAAUGGAAAGUAUGUCCCAAGAGCCAUUAUGGUUGACUUGGAACCGUCAGUUGUCGACGAAAUAAGGAACGGAAAAUACAGACAACUGUUCCACCCAGAACAACUGAUAACUGGAAAAGAAGAUGCAGCAAACAAUUACGCCAGAGGUCACUAUACCAUUGGAAAAGAACACGUUGAUUCUGUUUUGGAUCGCGUUCGAAAGCUUGCUGACCAGUGUACUGGCCUUCAGGGAUUUCUUAUUUUCCACAGUUUUGGAGGUGGUACUGGUUCAGGAUUUACAUCUUUGCUGAUGGAGCGUUUGUCUGUUGACUACGGAAAAAAAGCAAAGUUGGAAUUCGCAGUUUACCCAGCCCCACAGGUAUCAACUGCUGUAGUAGAGCCUUACAAUUCUGUACUGACGACACACACCACUCUGGAGCAUUCAGACUGUGCCUUUAUGGUGGAUAACGAGGCCAUCUACAACAUCUGCCACAAGAACCUGGGAGUGGAUAGGCCAUCUUAUACGAAUCUCAACAGGCUCAUUGGGCAGGUAGUGUCAUCCAUAACAGCUUCACUUAGGUUCGACGGAGCCCUGAAUGUUGACCUGACAGAGUUUCAAACAAAUCUCGUACCUUAUCCCAGGAUCCAUUUUCCAUUAGUAACCUAUGCUCCCAUUAUUUCUGCGGAAAAAGCGUAUCACGAACAGUUUACAGUAGGGGAUAUUACAAAUUCCUGCUUUGAGCCUGAAAAUCAGAUGGUGAAGUGUGAUCCACGGCAUGGAAAAUACAUGGCUUGCUGUCUUCUGUAUCGGGGAGACGUCGUACCAAAAGAUGUCAAUGCUGCUAUUUCAGCCAUCAAAACAAAGCGUUCUAUCCAGUUUGUAGAUUGGUGCCCCACCGGUUUUAAGGUAUUCAGUCUAAUUAGUUGUAUUCUUCCUUACAUCUUUCCGCUUAUUUUGCUUAAACUUUAAAGUUUGAUUACAGGG